AUGCCGCCGGCCGACUUAUCGACCACAGGCCAUAUCAGGAAGUUCGAGGCGAUUGUGGAGUUUGCAACGGAUCUCUUAUCAAAAUUACCCACCUCCUGUGACUCGAUCUCCAUCGACGUCCUCCUUUUCGAUCUGAAUCAUCACAUAUCCACGGCCAACACUUUAGUCGAGAAUCGUGUCGUCGCCCCAAUUGAGAUUUCUAAGGAGCUUAGAGACAUUGGAAGAAGAUUAUGGAACGAGUGUAUCAAAGCGAGGAGAAGGAGGGACGACCUUCUGCAGUCCCCUUUAAGGCUUCAGCUACAGGUUCGCGCUCGAGUCUUGGCCUUUCUUGUCCACGCUUUAGCGCGAGAGUAUCGGCGUGGAAAGAACAAAGAUAACAUGCAGGAGAUAGUUUAUAUGAUGGGUUUGUCGCUUACUUUGGCAAGAGUGUGCGUUGAAUCGUCGGACCUCGAAGGGGCGCUUCUGAGCAUGGCCAAGGCUGCUGACUACAUCGAACGGCUAAAAGGCAUGGAGAACGUAACCGGUGACGAUCAGGCUCAGAUACGAAAGAUUGAGGCAGAGUACUUGACCAUGCGGUGCGCUUUAUCUUGGAAACAAGGGCGUCUUGAUGUUGCCGAGCACAUGUUUGCCAAAGCCAAUACUCUUUUACAUCAUCUUGAUCCAUCCUCUGCCGAACAGCUUGCAGACACAUUUCACUCUAUCGGAACUGACCUUUCAUCGAGGAACGAUUAUGACAUGGCUUUGAAGUGGCUACGGCGUGCGCUUGGUCUUAUUAAUGAGCAGGAACUGGAGAUAAUAUCAACAGAGGGGCUCGAGCUUCGGAUGGCUAUUCAUCAUGAGCUUAUUCAAGCUUUACUCGCUACAGAAGCAAAAGAAAGCCUGCAGGAAGCUGACGACUUGGCAUCACUUGUGGAAUCAGAGAUUGGAGACAAGCCUGUAGUUCUGCAUUGGAAACUGGAGAUUCUUCAAAAGUCUCCGAGCGAAGUCUUCGAUGAAGAUGCAUGUGCGAGCAUACUUCGUCGUAUGAUUCGGUCUCUUGAUCUUUCCGAUGCUGGGCUGGGCUUCCUUCUGCAUGCCAUCAGUGAGCUGCGCACAAGAGGACCUCAAUUAGCAGUCGGCCUGAUGGGAGAACUGAUACUCAAAAAGCUAAUCCCAUCUGGGAACAUGAAUUGGGUAGGGAAAGCCCUUGUUCGGCGUGUUUGGAUGGCUAUGAUGGAAACCGAUACAGCUGCGAGUGUAGCGGACUUGAUUCGAAUCCUGGACCAAGUUGCUCAAGAAGCUGGCCAAUGUGAUGUCGAUGCCGCAACUGCUGCCCUUUCAAAGCUCAUAUGGAAGAAACUCGACGCAAGCUAUUCCAAAAAGCAGUACCCGGAAUCUCAACUCUGGUGCCAGCUUGCACUCCACCCGAUCUUUUCUACCAGCGGCGACGCAAGUCAAGGAAAAUUCAGUCGCCGACUAAUGCUUUGUGCCAUCGCUUGUAACGAUGCGGAGACCGCACAUUCCGCUUUUCAUAUCAUGCCUAAGAGCAUCCAAGAUGAACCACUCACAAGAUAUCUCAUGUUCAAAGUAUCUCUAUUGAAUUGGGACCAAAACCUGGGAUGCCAGUGUAUCAGAUUUCUGAGCAAACUGACAGGAAAAUCUCAGUGUCGAGAUAUAUUGUAUGCUUGUGUGAAAGAAGCUCAGAAUGUUGGUCAUAGACUAUUGACGUUAGAGGCUCUAAAAGCAGUCGCCGACACCUUUGACGCUGAUAGCUCUUGGACUGUCAAUAUGCCUUCGAUUUUCCGAUGUACCAUCAGACUGAUUCAUACGAUCGAGUCACAGGAUAGCGAUUCGACGGACCAAACCACUGAGCUCGCCGAGGAGACAUGUCGAAUUUUUGAGAAGGCUGGUGAAACUGCUAAAUUGCAUCCUAAAGACGAGAGAGGGGACAAAAUUUUCACACUCCCAGAGUUACAUUGGUUUCGAAAGAACGCUUACAACAUUGGCGUCACAAAUUAUGAUGCUGAUUUGCGAUUAAUGGCUGCUCGCUGCCAUUUUGUCAUCGCUGCAGCACUUGGCUCACAAGCUCGUACCGAAGACAGGGUAGAUGAGCAACUUCAAAAUUAUCUCGAGUCAAGGCGACACAUUUCAGAAUUCGAGAGCCUUUUUGAAUCUCACUUCCAGACCGACACCAAGUCCCAGGUUAAUCGCGAUCUCCUGGCUAAGCUGUCAACACUCUUCGUUUUCGACUUUGAAAGCGCCAUUUGCUUGAAGAAUUGGGAUGACUUGGGGCAGAUUGUCCGAAAGGCCCGAAUCUGUAAAGAUGAGAUCACUUAUAAAGCAAUGGGAGACUGCCUGCUGAGGAGUGAAGCUUCAGGUAACGUCGUGUACAGCACGAUGCGUCUCAUCAUCAAUGAGAUAUUUUCACUGGAGCAAUUCGACAAUCAACGACUCGCCAAGUACAUACGCUGCAUGUUUCAGGCCAUUCUUCCCCUGAACGACAACCUCGCUCUACAAGUCGUCGAACAAGCCGUUCAAAUCGCACGGGAGGGAAGCCAGAUGCAGAAACCCUUUCCCGCAGAGGACUUGGAUUGGAUCAUCCCAACGAUAUUCAACCAUGGCAUUGACAUCCUUGCAAGGGGCGACCGAGAUCUAUGCCAGCAGUGGACUCUGAAAGCCCUAGACUUGGCGGAGUAUGUGAACGACGGUGGCAACAUGAGAGAUACACUUCGUGAGAGAGUUGUCAAGUUGAAUCUUAGUAAAGGGGCAUCUGAUUGA